GACACCCGGAAAGCAUAAGAACAGGGAACCCGAGUCCUGGGAGAUACAGAUAGGGAGAGAGGAAGCAAGAAAGCGAAAGAGAUCAUGGCGACUCUUACGAUCCCCCAUCCAGUUCCUUCUGCGGCUGAAGACGCCGAGCACAUCCGGAAGGCCGUCCAAGGAUGGGGAACUGAUGAGAAGGCAUUGAUUUUGGUAUUGGCACAUAGAGAUGCGGCUCAAAGAAAGCACAUACAAUUGGCUUAUGAAGAAAUGUACAAUGAGAAUCUGAUCAAACGACUCGAAUCUGAACUCACCGGACACUUUGAGAGGGCUGUCUACCGCUGGAUAUUUGACCCAAUCGAGCGUGAGGCUGUGAUGGCUUACGUGGCUUUGAAGAAGACUUUCAACUACCAAGUGAUCAUAGAAAUUGCUUGUGUGAACUCUUCAAAAGAGCUUUUAGCUGUGAAGGAGGCUUACCAUGCUCGAUACAAACACUCGUUGGAGGAAGAUGUUGCUGCUCACACUGUUGGAGAUUUCCGCAAGCUUUUGGUUGCACUAGUGAGCACAUACCGAUACGGGGGAGAUGAGAUCGAUAUAAGCUUAGCUAAAUCGGAGGCCAGGAUUCUUCAAGAUGUGAUAAAGCAGAAGAAAUUAAACCAUGAAGAGACCAUCAGAAUCUUGGGUACUAGAAGCAAGGCACAACUCAAUGCUACUUUUAAUUGCUACCGAGAGGAUUACGGCACGCCCAUCGAAGAGUCUUUGGCCGGUGAAGAUCCAAAUGAAUUUGCAUCGGCACUACGGAUGGCAAUCGGAUGCAUCGUCAAUCCGCAGCCGUACUUUGUGGAGGUACUACACGAUGCUCUCAGCAAACCGGACACCGACGAAGACACACUCACUCGCGUGAUCGUUAUGCAUGCCGAGAAGGACUUGAGGGGGAUCAAGGAGAUGUAUCAGAGCAGAAACAAUGUUCCUCUUGAGCAGGCAGUGCGCCAAAAGACUUCAGGCGACUACAAGACCUUUCUCCUUGCUUUGAUUGGAAACUGAUCAUGCUUCCUUGGUGCGCUAUGCUGCUGCUCUUUGGAGUGAACGUUGCUGUGAGACAAUGGCUUUGUUUUGUGGGUCGAGUUUGAGGUGUUUCCAGCUGUGAGACGAUGCCUGCGUGUGUGUGUGUGUGUGUGUCGGUGCAAUUACUAGCUUAUGAUGUUGUGUUAAGGAUGUGGGAUGAGUUAAAUUUGACAUGUCCAAUAUAUUUAUAAGCUUAAAAAUGGAACAGCCCAAACGAAGAACA